AUGGCGUUCCUCUUUGGUGGGAGAGGCCGCCAAAGAUCCCCUGCUGAAAUCGCAAGGUCGCUGAAGGACGUACUUCUCAAACUGGAGGACAACCCAAAGGUUGAGGACGAGGUGGCCAAGUAUAUGUCGCAGAUGAAGUUGAUUGUCCAAGGCACUCCAGAAGUUGACUGCAGCCCCGAACAAGUCCACCAACUAGUCUCCUGUAUCAUUCAAGAAGACAUACUCUUUGAACUGGCCAAAAGUGUUCGGCUUCUUCCAUUCGAGGCUCGAAAAGAUGCUCAGAUCAUCUUCUCCCACAUCCUCCGCUUUAAACCCGCCAAUGCACAGUCAGGAGAUCCUUCAGCCAUUUCUUACCUUGUCCUACAACGACCCGAGAUCAUUGUGGAGUUAUGUCGAGGUUACGAACAUCCUCAGAGUGCCAUGCCGUGCGGGACUAUAUUAAGACAAGCACUGCAAUAUGACACCAUUGCUGCACUUAUACUCUACGACGAGUCACAACCUGGUGGAAAGGCCGUUCAACUUAAAGAUGUUGAUGUCAGCCAGAAGCAAACGGGUAAGGGCCUGUUUUGGCAAUUCUUCAAUUGGAUCAACAAGGGCACAUUUGAAGUCAGUGCCGAUGCCUUCACCACUUUCAGGGAAAUCCUGACAAAACAUAAACAACUCGUCUCACAAUAUCUCGCCACCAACUACGAACUCUUCUUCACACAACAUUACAAUCCCCAACUACUGCUGUCCUCAUCAUAUGUCACCAAACGGCAGUCGAUAAAACUCUUGGGCGAACUCCUCCUAGACCGCGCAAAUUAUGUCAUCAUGACCCAGUAUGUUGCCAGUGGGGACAAUCUCAAAUUAACCAUGAAUCUUCUCAAGGACGACCGGAAAAUGGUGCAAUAUGAAGCGUUUCACGUGUUUAAAGUCUUUGUCGCUAACCCCAAUAAGAGUGAUGAAGUGAGAAGGAUUUUGAUCAAGAACAAGGGCCGACUAUUGAAAUUUCUACCAAGUCUCUUGGAUGGCCGAACGGACGAUGAUCAAUUCUUGGAUGAAAAGAGUUUUCUGGUGAGACAGAUUGAGAUGUUGCCCGAUGAGGGGUCUGGAGGCUGA